UGUUCGUGGCUUACUCAGUGAUGCAACUCCGAAUAUAUGCUAUCGAGGUCCUGACUGUCAUUGUAAUCAUCUGGAGAAUCAUUGGUCCAGCAAGCCAAUUGGUUGUCACCGAUGAGUCUUCAAGCUUUCCUGGGAAGCACCUGUGCACCUUCUUCGGGAUCAACACAGAUUUCACCUAUUUGUUCAUACCCGCCUUUUGCUUCGAGCUAUUGCUCUUCUUCUUGGCCAUUACUAGUAGAGUUUCUCUCAAUAAUAUGAGAGAAAGGAAGGCCACCCCUGGUACCUCCAGCUUGCGCACCGUAAUUGGCACCCGCAUGGUAAUCGACUUCAAGGAACAUUGUUCUCACCGGUUGAGCUCGGAACCGAUCAUGAUCGUCGGCGAAGAGUCUGCGCGCCAGGUUACGAACCAUGACCAGUCGAACGAAGGUGACGAAGAGAUGCAGCCGGUCAAGAGUGAUGAAGAGAGUACCGAGGUCAUCACUUAUGAGGAAUUAUAACUUUUGAUUGCUGCAAUUCAUAUACAUGUAC